CCAGCUGAUCACACUGACAGUUGAUUAGAAAACAUUUUAAUCCAUGCCAAUUGCUUGAUUUUAAAAGAAAAGUUUGUUGAUAAAUAAUCAGUAGACGAUUUAAAGAGUGUUUGCGUAAAAGUAAUGAAAGUGGGCGUUCUGCAAUGGCGUCCAAUCGUGAUAUAUUCUCGAAACAUUUGCCAAACGUUAAAUUGGCCACACGAAUCGACGCAGAGGGGCGAGAAGUGCAGGUGGAGAGACGUGAAGAUAUUGACGCUACAGCGAAGGAACAAGAAACAUUUGAUAUGUUGGUAGCUGCCGGCUAUUAUAGAGCGCGCAUCAAAGGCUUGUCCUCUUUCGAUAAAGUUGUCGGUGGUAUGACUUGGUGUAUUGAGUGCUGUGAUUAUGAUGUUGAUGUGGAUUUAUUGUUUCACGAAAAUUUAACUAUUGGUCAAAAGAUUGCACUUGUAGAAAAAAUUGUCUCGGUAUUACCACAUAUGAAGUGCCCUUUUCAAAUAGAACCACAUCAAAUUCAAGGACUGGAAUUCCUUAGCAUACAUCCUGUUAUACAGUGGCUGGUUAAAAAAUCGGUUGAGAAUCGCACAGAGCGUGCACAACGUCUGAAAAAGUUUGCCAUCGGACAGUUUCACAAUCACUACCAAUACAGAACGGACAAGGAGCAGCUAGAGAAAAUUCGAAAUGCCUCAACACAUAUAAAACGCAUACAGGAGCUAUACAAUCCCAUACGCGUAUAUCAACGCAAAGAAAAUAGCCACGAAGAUGAAAAGACGCGUGUGCGUAUGACAUUGUUAGAAUAUGGCGACUCCAAUGCUGUGAGUGCGAGUAGCGAAAAUCGAGCAGGCGCUGGAGAGGAGUUUGAUGUGCAACGAUUGCUUAAAAAUCUUUCUAUAACAAAUGAGACCAUUACUUGUUCACCCACACAUCGACUUGAUGCCAGCGAACGCGAUGCAAUGCACAAACACUACACAGAGCUGCAACAGGAAAUGGAAACUGAUGCCAAACAGUUAUCCGAACAGAGUCAAUUGAAAAUGCUUGAAGCUUCUAAAAUUGCUUUAGAUCGUAAAUUUCAAAGUAAUCUCAAAGUGAACGAAGAAAUCGAAGUGGAAAAGCAGAAACAGCAACAACAAUUACAGGUUUUAGAAGAACAAAAACGGCAACUGGAAGCUGAAAUUGAACAGUACAAAACAAUUGAAGCAAAAGUGGAUCCAGAGCUUGUUACGAAAGUGCACGAUAUGCUCAAACAGCAUGACCUACUGAAAAAGGAAGAAGCGGAGUUUAAAGAAUUCUGUCGGCAGGAUUUGGCAAAAUUGCAAAAACAGAUUGAUGAACUAGAAGCCUUUAACGCACAAACGCCAGAAGAACAAGAAGCUGCCGUGGCAAAAGAAAAAGCACAUAUAAAGGAAUUGAAGUUGCAGAUAGCUAAAAAGAAUCGCGGUAUUGUCGCCAUACAACGACGUUUAGAUGCCAUACCCGAUCAUACAGAAUUGACGCAAUAUCAACGAAGAUUCCAUGAGCUAUACAAUGAAAUGAGUGCCAAACAUAUAGAGACGAAACAGUACUACACCUUAUUCAAUACGCUCAACGACAAAAAACGUUAUCUCGAAAAAGAACUCUCGCUACUCAAUUCCAUAUGUGAAGCAUACAAUGAGGGCAUGACAAGUGCACAAGGUCGUGAAGAGUUUAUCAAACAAUUUGAAGCGAUUGUGGCUGGUGUGAAGCAAACCGAACAGAAAGUGCGUCAGAAGUACAACGAAGAGUGUGCCCGGCGUGAUGCGCUAACUACAGAGCUACAAAGCUUACACGAACUGCAGCGUCAUUAUGCGGCCGCUGUGAAACAACUGACCAAGGAGUGCCAACGUUGCGAACAAUUACAGCAGCAUUUAAAGUCAAUUCGUCGAAAUUAAAAUAGUAUGUAGAUAGUAGUUGUAUAAAUAACUUAGCAAGGUAGAGAGAAAGAGAGUAUUUAUGCGUAAAAGAGAACAAUUUAUGUAAUUGCAUACUCAGAUUUUAACGAAACAAUUUUUUAAAUUAAAAUUAUGUAACUACAAAAAGUUUCAAUUAAUUGUCGCUAAGCUGAGGAUUACGUGAAACUCUUGCGUUAUUUAUAUACACUGAUUAUUUAUAUUUACAUAUAAUAUUAAAAAUAUAGUUCAUUUAAAAAUUCCAACGCAAAAUGUAUGUAUUAAAUAAAAAAAAAAUUUUUGUAGAAAAAAUAUAAUUUCAAUUCCAUUUUGCAACAUACUCAUACUAUACGAAAAUUUGCUAAUUUAGGAAAAUUACUUAAUUAAUUUAUAAUUAAAACAAUGAUACACUUAU